GGUGCAGGAGGACAUUUCACGUGCACAGGCCAUGCAGAGCGCCGGUUGACGUCGCAGCCGAUCCAGCUGGGAAAUGUCGGGGUCAAGGGACUCGCUGAUGGCUCAUCGCAUGUGCCACUGGCCAACGCACUGUCAGCAGAGCCUGACCAGCGGCGGAGUCAGCCUCCGGUACCACGCUGACCAACCCCAAUGACACCAAUGCCGCUGCCGCACGGCUGGGAUCAGCCGGUACCCCAGCUGUCUCUGGCCCCCAGGCAGCUGCUAUCCAGGCAGAGCCAAACUGCGCCUGCCAAUUCGACAAUCAGCCAGCGCCUGGCUGCGCAAACCAGCAGAACAGUGACCUGCAGAACAGCGACGCAGUCAAAAAGAAGACAAGCUUCUGGAAGCGCAGCAGCACGUUUAUUACAACCAACAUUGGCCGCACCAGCAGCAAGCAAUAUUCACCGGACCCGCACGCGCCUGGUGGGCAAGCAGGAGAGAAGAGCCAGGGUGCAGCCCAAUUCCGCGUGCUGUCUGGCAGAGCUUUUGGCGACUUGCGCUCGUCAGCCUCGCAGGACAACACAGCGGGCCAAAAAAAGUAUGGCAAGCCGUCAUCAGCCCACGCACCGCAGAUGUACAUUGACUCAGCAUCUGGAAUGGUCGCUAUCUGGAGAGACGGGAAGCUAGCGCCGCCCGACACUGACUGCGCCUCGAUUCAGCACGAAUACCACGACUUGCUGGCUACCGACCCCCUGCUCAGUAUUUACUUUUUGGUCAAGGAGCGUCGAGACCGCGAAUCCCGGGCACAGGCGCAGUUCAAUGCAGCA